AUGAGUUCUCCCUUGCGCAACCACCCCAGUUCUGCCAACCGCGGCAUGCCCGCGCGAUCAAGUCGCAAACGAUCACGCACCAACGGCGACGAUGGCUCCUCCGUCGGACUUGCCUCGAGCCCCAUGGCUUCAUCUCCUCCUGCCUUUAACAUUGCCCACGGAGGAGACGACGACGACGACAUUGAAGAGGAUGUAGAGAUUGAGGACGACCUCGACGAAAUGGACGAGGCCGCAGAGGAUGACGUCGACCUUUUCCGCGAGGGUUUCGAACAAGACUACAGGAGCAAGGAGGAUGACAGAUACGAAGGGAUUGAUAUCGAUGACGAGGGCGAGUACGACCAGAUGGACCCUGCCACCAGGAGGCAACUCGAAGCUCAGCUCGCUCGUCGAGACGGUGAGGUCGCCCGUCGACAGCGCAUUCCCGCCGCGUUCCUGCCCGGCGAGGAUGACGAUGGCGAUAUCGACCUCACAGCACAGCCCCGUCGCCGGCGACACGCCUAUGACGAGGACCCUGACGAUGCGAUGGACGAAGACAUCAUGGACGAGGAGCUCUCGCUCGAGGCUCUCCAGGACGUCAAGGCAGCCAGCCUGACCGACUGGGUGUCGCAGUCGUCCGUGCAGAGGACCAUCAGGAGAGAGUUCAAGUCCUUCUUGACCGAAUACAUCGACGAGAGUGGCUCGUCCGUCUACGGCAACCGAAUCCGAACCCUGGGUGAGAUCAACGCAGAGACGCUCGAGGUCUCGUAUGAUCACCUGUCCUCAUCCAAGGCCAUUCUGGCCUACUUCUUGGCCAAUGCGCCGGCCGAGAUGCUCAAGCUCUUUGACGAGGUCGCCAUGGACGUUGUCCUUCUCCACUACCCAGACUACGAGCGCAUCCACUCCGAGAUCCACGUGCGCAUCUUCGACCUCCCUGUCCACUACACCCUGAGGCAGCUGCGCCAGUCGCACCUCAACUGCCUCGUCCGUGUCAGUGGUGUCGUCACUCGCCGGACAGGCGUCUUCCCUCAGCUCAAAUACGUAAAGUUCGACUGUACCAAGUGCGGCGUCACUUUGGGUCCUUUCCAGCAGGAGUCCAACGUCGAGGUCAAGAUCUCGUACUGCCAGAGCUGCCAGUCCCGCGGCCCCUUCACCGUCAACUCGGAGAAGACGGUCUACCGCAACUACCAGAAGUUGACCCUGCAAGAGUCGCCCGGCACAGUGCCCGCUGGCCGUCUUCCUCGCACGAGGGAGGUCAUUCUGCUGUGGGACCUCAUCGACAAGGCCAAGCCCGGUGAGGAGAUUGAGGUGACGGGCAUUUACCGCAACAACUACGACGCACAACUCAACAACCGAAACGGGUUCCCCGUCUUUGCCACGAUUCUCGAAGCCAACAAUGUCGUCAAGUCCCACGAUCAACUGGCUGGUUUCCGCAUGACGGAAGAGGAUGAGGCGGCCAUCCGCAAGCUGGCCCGCGACCCCGGCAUCGUCGACAAGAUCAUCAACUCAAUCGCCCCGAGUAUCUACGGCCACACGGACAUCAAGACAGCCGUGGCGCUGUCGCUGUUUGGCGGCGUUGCCAAGGUCGGCAAGGGCUCUCACCACGUGCGUGGCGACAUCAACGUGCUGCUCCUGGGUGACCCGGGCACGGCCAAGUCGCAGGUGCUCAAGUACGUCGAGAAGACUGCGCACAGGGCCGUCUUCGCGACGGGCCAGGGUGCCAGUGCCGUCGGUCUCACGGCCAGCGUGCGGCGCGACCCGCUGACGAGCGAGUGGACGCUCGAGGGUGGCGCGCUCGUGCUCGCCGACAGGGGCACGUGCCUCAUUGACGAGUUUGACAAGAUGAACGACCAGGACAGGACAUCGAUUCACGAAGCCAUGGAGCAGCAGACCAUCUCCAUCUCCAAGGCGGGUAUCGUCACGACGCUCCAGGCGCGCUGCGGCAUCAUCGCCGCGGCGAACCCCAUCGGCGGCCGCUACAACUCGACCAUUCCCUUCUCGGCCAACGUCGAGCUCACAGAGCCCAUCCUGUCCCGUUUCGAUAUCCUCUGCGUCGUCCGCGACACGGUCGAGCCGGAGGAAGAUGAGCGGUUGGCGCGCUUCAUCGUUGGCUCGCACAGCCGGAGCCACCCCAACCCAACGCUGCUCUCACAAGACCAGGACCAUGACUCGAUGGACGUGGCCGCCGGCGACACGCAGCGAUCCGAGGCGCAAAAGGCCAAGCUGGAGGCCGAGAAGCGGAGGAAGGAGAACGAGAUCCCCCAGGAGCUGCUGCGGAAGUACAUCCUCUACGCGCGCGACCGCCUGUCACCCAAGCUCUACCACAUGGACGAGGACAAGGUGGCCCGUCUGUUCGCUGACAUGAGGCGCGAGUCUCUGGCCACGGGUGCUUAUCCCAUUACUGUCCGUCAUCUUGAGGCCAUCAUCCGCAUCAGUGAGGCCUUCUGCCGCAUGCGACUGUCGGAGUACUGUUCCUCGCACGAUAUCGACCGCGCCAUUGCCGUGACGGUCGAGAGCUUCGUCGGCAGCCAGAAGGUCAGCUGCAAGAAGGCUCUAGCAAGGGCCUUCGCCAAGUACACACUCGCGAGACCGGGCGCCGGCACUCAGUCCCAACGUAGUGCCGGAACGAGCCAGGCCUCGAGGCGGACGGGCACCGCUGCGGCAUGA